AGACACGGCUGCGGUGGGACGCGGACGGACAUUUCUGCACUGAUCUUUCGACUACUACUCCUGCUGUUGUUGCUGGGCCGUUCCGCUUUCCUUUGCGUUAUCUGGCUUUCUUCUCCGAAAAAAAGAGAGCUAAGCGCACACUCUGGCUCGCACGCCACGUACGUCGACGCACCAACGCCUGUCCUUUCCAGACACCAGCAAUGGUACAUAGACUUGGAUAGAAGCACAUUACAUUCACACCCAUACACGCGCACACACUAGAUUCUACACUAACACUCUCAACUUCAGAUAAAUCAAUCAAAGCAGACGCAUCGAACAGGCGCUCUUCUUACAGUAGUCACCAGACCCACAACGUUGCUCCACGAACUAUACAUACAAAUAUUCUUUUUCCCCACCAGACUCCUCUGCUGCUAUUUUCUCCAAGUGACUCCUCGUAGCACAGGAUUCGCCGUCGAGACACAUCAGACGUCAGAGCGCAGCAGGAUACAUCUAAAACGGAGAACAAACAGAGAUAACUAUAUACUUCACAGUCGACACAAGAGUCGACCGAACACGCACGCCACUCCGCCUCUCACUCACCGGCCCAACGACGCAACCCAUCUUCGUCCCUUGCUUUCCCCUUUCUACAGACCCGUCAUGCCGCAGCUGCAGCAACUCGCUGAUCGUCGCGCAGCAGCGUCUCAGAAAAUGUCUGAAGAGAAGCCUUGGCAGCCAAGCUUUGCACUCCCCUCUGAUGCCCUCCCCCUCCGCCCCCCGGUGCCCACCUCCGUCCUCUUCAACGUCGCCGACGGCUACGCCUACCAAAUAACGAUCUCCCCCUUCGACGAUGCCGCGCAGCUAAGCGUGUGCGUCUUCACAGUACGCCGUGUUGUGCUGCCCGACACACACGUGCUGUCCCUACAAGUCAGCGCCACCGCGCGCUGCGGGCUGCCGUUCUGUACGGUGGAAGGCGGCGUGACGUGGCACGACGUGUUGGUGACUCUUGCCCUCGUCGAACCGCAGCUACGUGCGUCGCUCUACGGGUGGAAUGUGCAGGUGCUCGGCCUCGACGCCCGCAGCGGUGGCUGGCUGCCCAUCACGCCGGCUCUCUCCUCCCCCCUGGAGGCGCAGUACUUCCUGCAGACCAACGUGGAGGUGCUGUUUGAGUACUAUGGCGCCGACAGCCUUCACAUGCAGGCCACGCCGCUCAUGCCGAGUCCGGCCGCAGCGGACUGGCACACACCGUCGGAGCGCAGUACCACACCGGGGCAGGCUCCUCCACCAGCGCCGGUGAAGGACUACCACCGCGCACCACCGCAUGUGUGCUUCAGUGACCCUCGCCGAUACAAUGUAAGACAUCCGAACGAGGCAGGGGCUGCAGCGCCACCGCGAAGUCUAGCGUACGACUUUGACGCAGCACGCACGCCGUCGCCGCAGAGCGCGGAAGACAAUCCUGUCGCCCCGCCCGUCGCAACGUGGUCGCUCGUAGCUUUCUUACGUCAGCAGCAGCGUUGGGGUCAGCGGUGCAAAGAACUGCGGCAGCGCACAGCCAACAUGCCGGCUGACGCGGUGCUGCAGCUCGUGCGCGAUGAAUUGCAGCUUCUCCGGCAACCGCAGUCGCUGCCGUGCACCGUCCUCGAAGACAGAGGGGCGGCCACCUGGACCCUCAGUCUGUUGGAAUACGAAUGUCAGCUGUUGUCCGAGAAGGUGCACGACUUGUGCAGACCGGCAGAGCCGGCAGAGGCGGCGACUACGCCACCGCCAACGGCGGAGGUGCUCCGGACCUGUCGAGCGCACCUGCGCCACAUCCGAGAGCGCGCCGCCAAGGUCUGUCAGGUGGUGGACGCCGUGUGGACGGCGGAGAGGCAGGCGGAGGUGGAAGGCGCUGUUCCUGACGACUUCCCUCUUGGGUGGCUCUGCGUGCUGCUGACCUCCCUGCGACUGCGGUGUCUGCGGCACGUCGCCCUCGUCCACGCCUGUACGGGCUUUGUGAGCGGAUCAGAGAAUGAGGAGGACGAGGAGGCUGCAAAAGCCGUUGAUGCAGGUGACUUCCUUUCCACCGCGAUGCUGGGAAGCGACGCAGUGCUUCUUCACGAGUCUGUACAGACGGCAGAGCAGAUGCUCGAGGCGCUGGAGAGCAUCUCCGCGUUUCCGCAGGACGCACGCCUCCCACCAGCAGCACUCUCUGAGCCGCUGCUCGCCACGGCUCUGUCUCUCGCGGAGCUCGCCGCUUAUCUCUCCGUCAACACCGCCAACCGGUGCGCGCUGGUGCGGGCGGCGGUGCAGCUGUGUCGUGUACGCCUGCAGUGUAUCGCGCCGUCUGGGGAUGUCCGCUGGCUACCGCGGUGCAUACAGGACAUCGCGACGCGUAUGCAGGGCAAACUGAACGGCCUCCCGCUAACCUCCACCGCCUUCGCGGCGUACGCGGAGCUGACGCAGCUGCUGCGUGAUGCGGCCGACUCCGCAGCGGAGCUGAACGCCGCCGCAGAGGAAGUGCCGUCGAGCACAACUCCACCCGAUUCCUCGAUGAUGGUGUUGGGGUACACCCUCACUCACCUUGCAACGACGGCAGACGUGGACACCGCGUUUGUGCAGGGCAACAUGGCGGUACGCGGAUUUCGGAGCAACACGGCCGCACCGGAGUCAGUGGACCCGCGCACCGCUGAAGUGACGCAAGAAGACACGCAGACCGCUCAGAUGUAA